UUAAAUUUUUUAAUAUAUUUUUUUACCCCCCUCUCCGAUACCACUCUCCUCCUGGGUUAUUUAUCCUGCCACUAUUUCGCGUGCGUGUGUGUCCGUAUGUAAAUCCCUUAUUUAAUUGUAUUAUUAUUUGUGCGUGUGCAUAGUCCCCCCUCCCCCCUUUCCCUCUCGGUGUCUGUCUCUCUCUCUCUCUCUCUCUCUCUGUCUGUCUCUUUCUUUCUUGUCGGAGGCUGUGGGAUAAUGGCGUGUGGGUUGUGGCUGUGAGGAUGAGUUCCUGCUUCGUGCCGAACGGGGCCAGCCUGGAGGAUUGCCAUUCCAACCUCUUCUGCCUGGCUGAUCUAACUGGGAUUAAAUGGAAGCGAUAUGUAUGGCAGGGUCCAACAUCUGCCCCAAUUCUCUUUCCCGUCACGGAAGAGGACCCUAUUUUGAGCAGUUUCAGUCGCUGUUUGAAGGCGGAUGUACUCAGUGUUUGGCGCCGAGACCAGAGACCUGGACGCAGGGAGCUAUGGAUAUUUUGGUGGGGUGAUGACCCCAACUUUGCUGACCUUAUUCAUCAUGAUCUCUCAGAAGAGGAAGAUGGUGUUUGGGAGAAUGGACUUUCUUACGAAUGUCGCACUCUACUUUUCAAAGCAGUUCACAACCUGUUGGAGAGGUGUCUAAUGAAUCGGAAUUUUGUACGCAUUGGGAAAUGGUUUGUGAAGCCUUAUGAGAAAGAUGAAAAACCUAUAAACAAAAGCGAGCACUUGUCCUGCUCAUUCACCUUCUUCUUACAUGGAGAUAGCAAUGUUUGCACCAGUGUGGAAAUCAGUCAGCAUCAACCUGUGUACCUGCUUAGUGAAGAACACCUCACUCUCGCCCAGCAGUCUAACAGCCCUUUUCAAGCAGAUGCAGGCUAUGCUCUCGAAGACAAAGGAGUGAUGGGGCCUGAGUCUGUUAUUCUAAGUCCCUUUGGAUUAAAUGGCACGCUCACAGGGCAGUCAUUCAAGCUUUCUGAUUCAUCGACAAAAAAGCUUAUUGGUGAAUGGAAACAAUUCUAUCCUGUCACAUCUAACUUGAAGGAGGGAUCUGAGGAAAAACAAGAAGAAAUGGAUUGGGAGGAUGAUUCUUUAGCUGCUGUUGAAGUCCUUGUUGCUGGUGUGCGAAUGGUAUACCCAGCAUGCUUCGUUCUAGUUCCUCAGACAGACAUCCCUGCUCCUAGUACUGUAGGGGCAUCUCACUGUUCAACUACUUGCUUGGGUGUCCACCAAGUGCCUGCUUCCACAAGAGAUCCUGCCAUGUCUUCAGUAACUCUGACUCCACCGACAUCCCCAGAGGAAGUUCAAACAGUUGAUGCUCAAUCUGCCCAGAAAUGGGUGAAGUUUUCUUCAGUUUCUGAUGGAUUUAUCUCUGACAGUACUAGCCAUCAUGGUGGCAAAAUACCAAGAAAGCUAGCCAAUCAAGUGGUGGACAGAGUUUGGCAAGAAUGCAAUAUGAACAGAGCACAGAACAAGAGGAAGUAUUCUGCUACAUCAAAUGGUUUGUGUGAUGAAGAGACAGCUGACAAGGUAGCAUCCUGGGAUUUUGUUGAAGCCACGCAGAGGACAAAUUGCAAUUGUUCAAGGCACAAAAAUCUCAAACCAAGAAAUUCAGGUCAACAGGGGCAGGCACCACCUGUGGGCCAACAACAGCAAGCAGCUCCAAAGCACAAGACAAAUGAGAAGCAAGACAAAGGGGAUAAGCCACAGAAACGCCCUUUGACUCCUUUUCAUCAUCGUGUAUCUAUCAGUGAUGAUGUUGCCAUGGAGGCAGAUUCAGCAAGUCAGAGGCUCGUGAUGACUGCACCAGACAGUCAAGUGAGAUUUUCAAAUAUCCGAACUAAUGAUGUAGCAAAGACUCCUCAGAUGCAUAAUGCUGAAAUGGCAAAUUCACCUCAGCCGCCACCACUUAGUCCUCACCCGUGUGACGUAGUUGAUGAAGGGGUAGCUAAAGCUCCUUCUACUCCUCAGAGUCAACAUUUCUACCAGAUGCCAACACCAGACCCCUUGGUUCCCACAAAAACAAUGGAAGACAGACUCGAUGGCUUGUCUCAGCCUUUUCCAGCUCAAUUUCCUGAAGUUAUAGAGCCCACAAUGUAUGUUGGUACUGCAGUGAAUUUGGAGGAAGAUGAAGCUGAUACUACUUGGAAGUAUUAUAAAGUUCCAAAGAAAAAGGAUGUGGAAUUCUUACCACCUCAGCUUCCAAAUGAUAAGUUGAGAGAUGAUCCAGUAAUACCUGCUGGACAGGAAAACGUAACAUCAGUUACAGAAUUAAUGGUGCAAUGUAGGAAACCUUUAAAGGUUUCAGAUGAACUGGUGCAACAGUAUCAGAGUAAAAACCAAUACCUAGCAGCAGUAGCGACGGAAGCUGACCAGGAACCUGAAAUUGAUCCUUACGCCUUUGUUGAUGGUGAUGUGGAAUUCUUAUUUCCUGAUAGUAAAAAAGAUAGGCAGAACAUUGAGAGAGAAGCUGGGAAGAAACACAAGGCUGAGGAUGGGACAUCUAGUGUUACAGUUUUAUCCCAUGAAGGAGAGGAUGCUAUGUCUCUAUUUAGUCCUUCUGUCAAGCAAGAUGCCCAACGUAUUGCUGCUCAUGCUCGCACUGCAUCAACUAGUCUGUUCCAUGAAACAGACCUAGUGGUCUCUUACACUGACCUUGACAAUCUCUUCAAUUCUGAUGAAGAUGAACUAACACCUGGAUCUAAAAGAACAGUGAAUGGCGCCGAUGACAAAUCCAACUGCAAAGAGGCAAAAGCAGGAAAUCUAGACCCACUGUCAUGCAUAAGCACUGCAGAUCUCCAUAAAAUGUAUCCAACUCCACCUUCUUUGGAACAACAUAUUAUGGGAUUUUCUCCAAUGAACAUGAAUAAUAAGGAAUAUGGCAGUAUGGACACUACACUUGGAGGAACAGUACUUGAAGGGAAUAGCUCUAGUGUGGGAGCUCAGUUCAGAAUUGAAGUAGAUGAGGGUUUUUGCAGCCCCAAACCUGCUGAAAUAAAGGAUUAUUCUUAUGUUUAUAAACCUGAGAAUUGUCAAGCUUUAGUGGGAUGUUCCAUGUUUGCACCACUGAAGACGCUUCCUAGCCAGUGUCUUCCUCCCAUCAAACUGCCAGAAGAAUGCAUUUAUCGCCAGAGUUGGACUGUGGGAAAGUUGGAUUUACUUCCUCCGGGACCUGCCAUGCCAUUUAUCAAAGAUGGUGAUGGAAGCACUAUGGAUCAAGAGUAUGGCCCUGCAUACACACCACAAACUCAUACUCCGUUUGGGAUGCCACCAAGUAGCGCACCUCCCAGUAACAGUGGAGCUGGAAUUCUCCCUUCUCCUUCCACCCCUCGUUUCCCAACUCCUAGAACACCAAGGACUCCUCGAACACCUCGUGGAGCUGGUGGACCUGCAAGCGCACAGGGUUCAGUCAAAUAUGAGAACUCUGAUUUAUACUCACCAGCUUCCACACCAUCGACAUGUAGACCGCUUAAUUCUGUUGAACCUGCAACUGUGCCUUCCAUUCCAGAGGCACACAGUCUUUAUGUGAAUCUCAUCCUCUCAGAGUCUGUAAUGAAUCUCUUCAAAGACUGUAACUUUGACAGCUGCUGCAUAUGUGUUUGCAAUAUGAACAUCAAAGGUGCUGAUGUUGGAGUUUACAUUCCUGAUCCAACACAAGAGGCCCAGUAUAGGUGUACCUGUGGUUUCAGUGCUGUUAUGAAUAGAAAAUUUGGCAACAGUUCUGGACUGUUUCUCGAAGAUGAAUUGGAUAUUCUAGGACGUAAUACGGAGUGCGGUAAAGAAGCAGAAAAACGCUUUGAAGCUCUCAGAGCUACUUCUGUUGAACAUGGCAGUGGAGGACUGAAAGAACCUGAGAAACUGCCCGAUGAGUUAAUACUGUUGCUGCAGGAUCAAUGCACCAACUUGUUCUCGCCGUUUGGAGCAGCGGAUCAAGAUUCCAUUCCCAAAGUUGGUGCAGUUAGCAACCUGGUACGUGUAGAAGAAAGGGAUUGUUGCAAUGACUGCUACUUAGCCUUGGAACAUGGACGGCAGUUCAUGGACAAUAUGUCAGGAGGGAAAGUUGAUGAAGCACUUGUGAAAACUACUUGCUUGCACCACUGGUCAAAAAGAAAUGUUGUGGAUGUGAGCAUGCAGUGUUCCCAGGACAUCCUUCGUAUGCUCCUCUCGCUCCAGCCAGUUCUUCAGGAUGCAAUUCAGAAAAAGCGAACAGUCCGGUCUUGGGGUGUGCAAGGCCCCCUCACAUGGCAACAGUUUCACAAAAUGGCUGGCAGAGGCUCUUACGGAACUGAUGAGUCCCCGGAACCACUGCCAAUCCCAACAUUUUUGUUGGGAUACGAUUACGAUUUUCUGGUGCUGUCUCCAUUUGCAUUGCCAUAUUGGGAGAGGCUGAUGUUGGAACCUUACGGAUCUCAAAGAGAUGUUGCUUAUGUUGUGGUGUGCCCUGAGAAUGAGGCUCUGCUGAAUGGAGCAAAAAGCUUCUUUAGGGAUCUGACUGCAAUAUACGAGUCAUGCAGGCUUGGUCAGCACAGACCUAUCUGUAAGUUAUUGCCUGAUGGGAUCAUGAGAGUUGGACCUACUGCUUCAAAGAAACUUUCUGAGAAGUUGGUCACAGAAUGGUUCUCACAGACAGCUAAUGCCAACAAUGAAGCAUUUUCCAAACUCAAACUAUAUGCCCAAGUUUGCAGAUAUGAGCUGGGUCCUUAUCUUGCUUCUCAGCCUUUGGACAAUUCUUUACUUUCCCAAACAAAUCUGGUCCCUCCCUCCAGCCAGCCGGCCUCUGCUCUGCCCCCUGUGACAGCUAAUGCUGGAAAUCCUAACACUCCAUCGUCUGCUCCUGCAGCUCCCACCAGUAGUACUAUGACAGCGACAUCAAACAGUGCCAUGUCUUCUGCAGCUACUACAGCUAAUUCAACGCUGACGACCACUGCCCCAUCAUCCUCUUCUGCCAAUAUAGGCAGUGGGAUACCAACAAGCAAGCCUUCUUCAUUUCCGCCUUUUAGCAGUAUGAACAAUACCACUUCUGCCUCCCUGCCCGCCCAGGCUGCAACAGUCCAAAAUGGGCAAACAGGAGGACAGCAGCAACAGCCAACACUGCAAACAGCAGUGAUGUCUGGAGAUACUACUUCAACGCCUGCACAGCCCCAUCCAGAGGUUUCUGAAAGCACUAUGGAUCGUGAUAAAGUUGGAGUCCCUACAGAUGGAGAUUCACAUGCUAUCACCUAUCCACCUGCAAUUGUAGUUUACAUAAUUGAUCCUUUUACAUAUGAAAAAAAGGAUGAGAACAGUAGCUCAUCUAGUUUGUGGACACUUGGACUUCUGCGCUGCUUUUUAGAGAUGGUUCAGGUUCUUCCUCCUAACAUCAAGAAUAUAAUUUCCGUGCAGAUUGUCCCAUGUCAGUACCUUCUACAACCUGUGAAACAUGAAGACCGGCAGAUUUACACUCAGCAUUUAAAAUCUCUGGCAUUUUCAGCUUUUACUCAGUGUCGGAGACCUCUUCCAACUUCCACCAACGUGAAAACGUUAACUGGCUUUGGCCCAGGUUUAGCCAUGGAAACUGCUCUUAAGAGCCCUGAUAGACCUGAGUGUAUUCGACUAUACACCCCUCCUUUUAUACUGGCUCCCGUAAAGGACAAGCAAACAGAACUAGGAGAAACUUUUGGAGAAGCUGGCCAGAAGUAUAACGUACUUUUUGUAGGCUACUGUUUGUCUCAUGAUCAAAGAUGGCUUCUUGCAUCCUGUACAGAUCUCUACGGAGAACAGUUAGAAACUUGCAUAAUUAAUAUUGAUGUACCAAACAGAGCUCGCAGGAAAAAGGGCUCUGCCCGCAGACUUGGUCUUCAGAAACUCUGGGAAUGGUGCCUGGGACUUGUGCAGAUGAGCUCUUUGCCAUGGAGAGUUGUAAUAGGCCGUUUAGGAAGAAUAGGACAUGGGGAAUUGAAAGACUGGAGUUGUUUGCUGAGUCGCCGAAACCUUCAGUCCCUUAGUAAGAGACUAAAAGACAUGUGCAGAAUGUGUGGUAUCUCUGCUGCAGACUCUCCCAGCAUUCUCAGUGCUUGUUUGGUGGCAAUGGAACCACAGGGGUCCUUCAUUAUUAUGCCAGAUUCUGUAUCGACCGGCUCUGUAUUUGGACGCAGCACCACUUUAAAUAUGCAGACGUCUCAGCUGAAUACCCCACAGGACACAUCAUGCACUCAUAUACUUGUGUUUCCCACAUCUGCAUCUGUGCAAGUAGCAUCGUCAACUUACACCACUGAAAACUUGGAUCUGGCCUUUAACACAAACAAUGAUGGAGCAGAUGGAAUGGGAAUCUUUGACUUGUUAGACACUGGAGAUGAUCUUGAUCCUGAUAUUAUAAAUAUUCUUCCUGCAUCCCCUACUGGAUCCCCUGUACAUUCUCCAGGGUCCCACUACCCCCAUGGAGGUGAUAUGGGCAAGGGUCAAGGUACAGAUCGAUUGCUUUCAACAGAAUCUCAUGAUGAAGUAACAAAUAUACUUCAACAGCCGUUGGCCCUUGGUUAUUUUGUGUCAACUGCCAAAGCAGGUCCGUUGCCUGACUGGUUUUGGUCAGCGUGUCCUCAAGCACAAAAUCAGUGUCCCUUGUUUCUUAAGGCCUCUUUGCACCUCCACGUGCCUUCAGUGCAAUCAGACGAGCUACUCCACAGUAAACACUCCCAUCCACUUGAUUCUAAUCAAACUUCUGAUGUGCUCAGGUUUGUUCUGGAACAGUACAAUGCACUCUCCUGGCUAACCUGUGAUCCUGCAACCCAGGACAGACGGUCAUGUCUCCCAAUUCAUUUUGUGGUGCUGAAUCAGUUGUAUAACUUUAUCAUGAAUAUGCUGUGAUCUUCAUCUGAAUUUUGCAAGACAAAAAUGAGGAAAAGGGAUAUUUCACUGCAGGACUAAGUUAUAAUUCUUCUCAGUGCAAGUUGUUUGUGAUGGGGUAUGAAUCUUGUUACUUCCAGCAAAUAUUGUUUUGACUUGUGAGAGGGGCACCUAUCGCCCCACUGUCUUUGAGUCAUCGACUAUGGGGGACGCUCUAGAAUGAUGGUCAGAAAGUGUAUUAUAACAUUUUUAGUAGCAAAAUUAACCAUUUUUCCCCAACCACAGUAUUUGUGAAGAGUAAUGAGCCAUAGUACCCAGUCAUGGUUAAUGAAUAUUAAAAGCAUGGAGAUGAGAAGAAACAUGAGGAACAAUAAGUUUCAACCUAUGGCUUCGGAACAUCAAGAUGUUCUUGUAUUGGAUUAUAGUACCUAGUAUUCAAAAAUGCCUGCAUCUCUUAUUUAUUGUAAGUUUUUAAAUGUAUAAAUUGUCUUAUAUUUCUUAACCUCUUUUAUAAAAAUUUUCCUAGAAGGUUUAUACUGCCUUCUUGCUUUAAAGCAAUUGGUCUAAAAUAUAUGUAAUCGUCUUAAUUAAAAGUUGCAGUAGGUUGCUUUUAGAGUAUUAUUUUUUUGUAAGGGGUGGGUGGGGACAGUAAAUUUGUAUUGUCUUGAUGUACAGUUUAAUGGGGAUAGAGGGGUUAAUGUCCAUACCAUUGUGUGUGGGGGAUUUACAGCUAAGCUGUAGUUGCAGAGUACAUGUACAGUAAUGAAGUUCACUGUGUUUAUAUAAAUUGAAAAGGUACCGGGUCUUACAGCAUUUUAUAUCACACCUUUACAGAGUAACAAUGGCAAUAUAUUAAGUGAUAUUGUAGGUGGUUUAACUUGUAGUGAGAAUAAAAUGAAUAAACUCUUCAGUUGAAGUUUGUAUUAUGGUUCAGGGCUGUGGCUAGAUUCUCAGAUCUAUUUCCAGUAUACAAGUUUAAUAUUACAGGAAUAUCCAUUGUGCAUUGUUGUUACCUAGAUAUUCUUGGCACUGUGGUGACUGCGUUAUUUUUUUCCACGUUUGUGAAAAAAACGUGAAUCUGAUGCGGAACAUACAGAAAACUCUGAUCUUAUCCAAAGUCUCCUGUAAGGCUGAAAUUUAGCCCAGCUCUAGCCAUUUUACAAAUGCAAAAAUAGUCAAUCUUGACUUUAAGAUUGGUGUGUGUUUAACUAAAAUGUGGUGUAUAUAGAUUCUCAGUGAAUUCUGGUAUUCAGAUUUUAUUCCACUAGUAAAAAAAAAAAAAAAAAAGCACGAAACCCUGAACAUUUUCCUUUUUAAUGUAUUUUUGGCACUGUGGUGAAGGUCCCAAGUAUCAGUGUAUGGCCUUCCCCGUAUCCCCUUUUCAGGCUCUGGCUGGGGCAUGUGCCAAGGAGGCUUAGCCCUCCCUAAGGAAGGGACCGACAAAUCUCAAGGCUUUCGUAAACGUCUCCCUCUAUCUACAGUCACCGUUUCUUCUCGGUAGUUUCCUUCCUUUCUCCUAGCACAUGCCAAAUGUCUGAUGCUGCUCUAAAAUAGCCCCUACGGGUGCUGAAGAGCAACUGCAUAUGCUUUUUCUGGGUUCCUCAUCUGACUGCCAGAUUAAAAACUUAACUCCUGCAGUGCUCACGUGAGCCUUGCUGCGAUAACCCGUGUCCUGGGUCUUAAUGCUGUCCGUCUUGCUGGUUUAAACCUUUAAAGGAGCAAGUUUUAAGAUCCAUUUGUGCACCUGCUGUUAAUCCCCUACAAGGAAGAAUUCGCUUGCAUUUACAAAACUUACUGUGUUAAUGAAAAUCAUGUUUCGUAAAUGCAAGAUACCUGCCUGAGAUCAUUUUUCAUAUAAACAGUCUCACUGAAUCAUGUAUAUACAAUAUUAGCAACUUUUUUGGUUUUGUGUAAAGAAGUUGUACAAUUGGUGAUGAAAAUUUUCAGUCAUUUCUUCAAAAUGACGAGUGCAAUCAGAAGCUAGCUUAUUUUGAUAAAUAGAGUUAAAAACUGGGUCUGUCCAUUACUUUAUCUUGAUAAAGGUAGUGCACUGCAGAUUAAACAGCACAUUUUUGUCUUACAGAAGGUUCCCCUCCCCCCUCAUUUGGCUGAGAUUUUUGAAGUGGAAAAAUGCUCCUAAAACUGGAAUUUUCAACACACAUGUCCUAUUUUUUUUUUUUUUCCUCCCAAAACUUUUUUUUCCAAACCUUCUCCCCCCCCGCCCCAAGCUUUGCUGCUAAGUGGUCAUUUUUAACCCUGGCUCAGUUAGCCAGGUUCCAAGGGCUGGGUUUUGGCGUGGCUUUCUUUGUGUUAAAUCUGACUUGUAUUCGUAAAGGUAAGUGAAUCAGCUGCCUGAACAUCGGUGUAACUGCAUUCUGUUACCUGGACCACAGCCUUCCCUGUGAAACUCUCCAACUGUGAAAGCUGCCAGUUUCCCACUCCCCCCCCCAAAUGCAGUUAAAGUAAACUUCAGUAUUGUAACCACUAGAAAAGAUUAGGAGGGCCGUUUCUGGAGUGAUAGUCACAGCCGGCAAUGUACAUAUCAAACCUGCCAGCACCACGGAGCCAACUACUACAUCGGGCAUACUUUUUUUUUUUUGUUGUUAGCUACUUCCAUUUAACGAUUUUAAGUGCACAUAAUAGCUGGUUUAUAAAUAAAAUUGUCACAAUCCAGUAACUUGGGUUCUUUAGCAAGUACAAGCUUAAAUAUUUGCAAAUUUCAGCUCUGGCUUCUCAAAAUGGUCUUGCAAGAAGAUAUUGUUCCUGGCAGUGCUGUGUUGAGUAGCUGUGGAGGUUUACCUCCACUUAAGUAUGCAAUGAAAGAAGAAUCUGAGAUCCUUCCAUUCCAAUUAAAAAUACGUAUUUUAACCUAGCUAUUACUGUAUUUAAGCCAUUUAGUCACCUUUGACUCACUACUAUUUGAAUUAGAUUUCUGAAAACCCUGUUGCUAGACCAGCAGGCCACCAAUUGUACUUGUAAACAACCCUUACAUUUUAAAGUAGCUGUAACGUUUAGAUCUUUCUAACAUUUCCUGAAAUAAUUAAAGAUAAAUGAAUUUAUAUUUAAAUCCUCAGCUAUGUUCUUAGCUGUCAGUUAUGGCGCAGAUUAUUGUAUUUCUAUAUUUACCUCCAUUGGUAAUUUUAACUUCAUGUGUUGCUAUGAAGACUUGCAGAUGUCUUUAAUCAAGCACUAUUUGUUAAUACUGUAAUAUCAAAAUAUUAUGUCGCAUUAUUUUAAAGCUUUCAAAAAUAAGAGUAAAAUGUUUUAAAAAAAAAAUGCUAUUGCACCAUAUAAUUUGCUGCACAACAGUAUGGCACAGCAUAUCAGUCUGUUUUGAUAGUAAUGCUGCAUAAACAAUGUUUUGAUCUGGGUUUCUUUUGAGAAUUCGUUAAUGAGGUGACAUUGUACGCCAUUACUGUCUCAACAACCUCCAGCUAGGAAGGUUUGGGGUUUUUCUGUUUUGGUUUUUUUUGUGUGUGUGGUUUGUUGUUUUGGUUUUUUUUUUUUUUUUUUUUAGUAAAGGACCCAGGACUACGCUUCAUACUUAAAGUUUUUUUAAUUAUUAUUAUUGUUUGUGGGUGUACCUUUUAUUUUCAGUGGAGUAAAGCUUAAUUUACAGUAGAACUGGAUUUGGGACCUACCACAAUCCUCAGGGUCACUUUUUCAGGACGUUACUAAUCUAGCUUUAGGUUUUUCCGAGUAAACUGGACGCGAGGACCGCGCAGAGCGAUGGGGCUGGGGUGACGCAGCCUGUGGCCUCGUUACUGGACAUG